GCGGAUUUUCUGAGGAACGUAGUCGGACUGCAGCAGCCACUCACGUCCUCGUCGGGCUGUUUGAAGAACAAGAUGAAGAACUCAGGAAGAACUACUUUUACCACUAGAACUGGAGCAGUGGAUUCUUAUUCUUUAGAUCCUGGAUUUGUGGAGCAGAUCAAAACGGAGAGGAACGCACUUGCGGAGAACCU